AUGGCUGACCCUGAAAUAUUACCAAAUCUUGAGGACAGCCCAAUCCAAGUUGGAACAUCAUUUGUAGAGUCAGGGCUAAAUUUAGAACAAGAUUCGGCCAACAUCCCAUCUGAUCCAGAAUCAAAGGUCAAUGUUCCCGACAGUCAGGAUGGAUCAAGACCCACAACUCCCGACCCUGUCAACAAAACUGGUAAAAUGCCUUCCGAAACUCGUAUAAGUUCAAAGAAAGAUGAUCCAAUUAUGAAAUCUUUAUCUCCCGAACUACAGCAGGGAUACCGAAUUCUACGGGAGCUGAUGUCCGAUAAUAACAAAGCUUUCAACUGGGCAUUUAUGAAUGCUGUGGACGAUAGUCACUCUGAUACAUCCGAUUAUUAUGAUAUUGUUGAUAACCCUAUGUGGUUAAAGAGAAUGAAAGAGAAGUUUGUUGAUGGAUUAUAUGAGAAUAUAACUCAGUUUGUUACGGAUUUUCGUGUUAUGUUAGAGAAUUGUUACCGUUAUAAUGGUCCUGAUCAUUUUAUUUCUAAACGUGGACAGAGACUUGAGAUGAUGUUGGAACAGAAAUUAGCUUUACUUUCAAGAGAGCUAAGAGAGAAAACAAGUGUUACAGCCACAUCUGGUGGUAAAGUAGAAGAAUCAUUUUCCUCAGCAAUGAGAAGAAGAGUAAAAUCUACAUAUCAAAGAGACACUUCAGCUUUAUUGAGUCAACUUCGUCAAGAGGAGGCUCAGCGAGAUAAAGAAAGCCGACGGCAACAGAUUUUAGAUCGUAAGGCAGCAAACGAGGCCUUGAUACAGGAACAAAUUGAAUGGGAGAAUACAUUAUUACAAGAACCUAUCAAAUCGCAGAUGUAUCACUUGUGGGAGUUACCACAAAUAGGUCAUUUUCUGUUUCUAUGCCAAGAUCCAUUAAAUGUUGGUGAAAUUGCCCAGUUUGAAUUAGAGCGAGGGUUUGCUAUGCCAAGACAGAGUUCGUGUAUUCAAGCUGUAAUGUCUACACUCCUUAGUACACCUCAUCAACGAACAAAAUUGGGUAAUACUGGUGUCAUGCCCUAUGCUGCAUGGCAUAAUUUAUUACAUGGUAGAUUAACUCAAUGGUAUAAGUGCCUUAGUGAUAACGGUGGAGAUGCCUAUAAGACUAGUGCUAAAUUAGGAAUUGAUUCUUUCUUCUUUGAUGUUAUUGGCAAGAAAAAUCCAUUAGAUAAAAGGAAAUUUCAUGAACUGUCGUACUAUCGUAGAAUAUGGAUUGUUAAAAGUCUAUGUGAUAAUUGUUUGGAAACCCAAGAAUCAUUACGUGAUGCAAUAGAACGACAACCAUUACCAGAACAACAUGAAUAUCUGAUUGGUUAUGAUACUAAGGGUAAUUCAUAUAUACACUUCCCACAAUUCUGUGGUGCCGACCUACGUAUUUAUAAACAGGAACCAUUCCCAGAACCAGAUUUUAGUGAAGAAGAGGAGAAUUUAAACAACAUAAAAGUCUGUUUAAUGUUGGAUGGUGUUCUGGGUGAAUGUAAGGAAGAAAUACCACCUUCACCUAAAAAAAGUAAACUUGAAACUCCGUCCAAGAAAUCCACGCCAGUCAAUUCACGUCAAAGCAGCAGGAACCAGACACCUGAGUCAGCCAAUUUAAGAAGGUCACGUAGAGGACAAAGUGAAGAAAGCUGUAAUUCAAAUAACAAUAGUUCAGUGAAAUCAUCAGCAUCAAAACGUAACCUUAGUAAUUUUGACGAUACAAGUAAUGAUAGUACCUCCUUCCCUGUUUCUUUCUUAGGACAUCGUGCAAGGGCCACUCGUGCUUCAUGUAGGACACCUUUGUUUCUAGAUGAAACUAGUAAUGACAGUACAACACCCUCUAUGACCAACUCACGGAAGAAAAGAACAAAUGGAAGACGGAAACGCUCCAGACGCCUUGUGGAAACUGUAAAUGAUAAUGAUUCAGUGACAGAAAGUGACUUUAUGGAUGAGAGCACCUGCUCAAGUCUAACCGAAUGUGCCAUUGAUGAUCGUCUAAGUGAGGAUCGUGAAUCUAUCAAAUCAGGUGCUGAGAAAAUUAGCCCUGAUAGUUCUUUGAAUGAUUCCCAAAUUAGCAAAAGUCAAAAUGCCCAAAAUAGCGCUCCAACAAAAGACAAUGACAGUUCCCAAAGUGCUACAGAUUGUGUCCAUCAAAUAGUUCCUGAUUCAAACUUGGUGAACACUGAAAAUAAAGACACUCUUGAUCAUUCCAAACAAGACCCAACUGUUGACAGAUCUUCUGGGCAAACAGAUACAUCUAAAUCUCCAAGUAGUGAUAUUGAUAAGCAUAAUAUUCCAAACAAUGCGGAAAAAGUGAACAAUGAUUUAGACAAUUCUCAAAGAGAAGUUUCACCUGCAGUUAAAGAUAUGAUGCAAAAAAAGGCAGUUAGUGACAAUGUAGGACUGGAUAACUGUAAAACAAUGGAGUCCCAAUCAUCCAGUUAUACAAGCUGUGAUAUGAAUGAGAAUCAUAAUAAGGAUUUGUCGUUGGAAACAGUUUCCAGAAAUUCUAAGUCUCAAACAGAAACUCGAAUGGAAGAUGUAAAGUUUUCUCUGGGUUCUAUGGUGCCUGCAGAAACCUCAAAGUCUCAGAAGUCACUGCAGUCAGAAGGGUUGGAAACUGGAGUCAAUAAUGAAGAUCACUUAUCUCAGGAUCCUGUUCAGGAAAUAGGGCAAGCUGAACAAAAGGAUAAAGGGCAUAUAACUCAAUGUAUUGGAGAAGAGAAGACAGCAGAAGUUAAGACUGAUACAAAAAGUGAAGCAGAUCCUGCACAAAAAUUGACUUCAGAAUUGAAGAGUGAGGUGAAGAUUGAAAGGGAAGAUCAGCAACCAGAAAUAUCAAGUUUGAAAGAGGAAGUAUGUCAGGAGUCAUUUAGAAAUGAAGUUCAGUUAACUGACACUUAUCAGAAGCCAGAAGUGAUAAGUGAAGUGAAAAAGGAACCAAAAGAUUUUAAGGAAGAAUUCAAGAUGGAGUCUGAUACUGAGAUGAAAUUGGAUCAGCAAGAUGUGAAAAAGGAACCAAAAGAUAUUCAGGAAGAAUUCAAGAUUGAAAAUAAUUCUGAGGUUAGAGGGGAUCAGCAAGGUGUAAAAAAGGAACCAGAUUAUAUUAAAGAAGAAUUCAAGAUGGAGACUGAUGCUGAGGUGAAAAAGGAAAAUGAUAUCAAAAAGGAGGAAGAAAUUGAAGAAGAAUCUGAAGAAGAAUUGGAGCCAGAACUAGGAUCAUUUAAGAUGAUUUGUGAUAAUGUGGAUGAUUUGAGAAAACUGGUUGAUAAGUUUGCUGAACAAGAACCCAUUGUCAUCAAGAGAGGAAACAAAGAAAAGGUUGUACAACCAGCAGCUAGAAAGAAGUGUAUUGUAGAAUUACAUGAACGGCUAGCAUUCCUGCUGUCUGAACUGGAACCUUGGGAAUCAAAACUGAAUGCUGCCAUGAGAAAAGCCAGAGUUAAAAUUCGGAAGGAAUUUGAAGAAUAUGAAGAAGUUGUUGCUGAGAAAUGGGAAGAAUCAGAAAGUAGAACUAAUACUGAUGUGUCUGAAAAUGAAGAAAAUGAAGCUGAAGAAUCACCUGCUAAAAGAUCUGACCAAAAAUCCAAAACAGGAGAGUUGGAUAUCAAAGAAGAACCAACUGAUAUAGCAGAUGAUGAUAUUGAAUAUAGUUCCAGAGGUAGAUUGAGAAAACGAAGAGUCAUUCCUAACAACAGUGAGGAGUCUCUGUUGAAGAAGAAAAAGGUCAUUAAGAAAGAAGAACCAGCUAUUACUACUCAUGUCCCAAAUAUCUUACAUAGGCAGACUCCAGUGACAAUUGGUGAACAAGUAGCUUCUCAAUCACUUACAAUACAGUCAACAUCCUUGGGUCAUACUAUAGCCAUACGUCCAUCUUUAACAAACCAGCCACAGUCAGCUAGUCAGCUCUUACGAUUAUCAGUUGCCAACCAGAAGAUGGAUGCCAAUUAUUCCAAUAUGAGACAGCAAGCACCAGUGUCCUUAGUCAAACAGUCCUCUCAUCCUGUGAUACAACAACUCUUAGCCAAACAAUCCAUUCAACCACAGUCCCUAGUCAAUACAUCAAAACAAUUAAACCAGAAAGUUGCUCCUAAUACAUCUCAACCAUCAAAAAUUCAUUACGUGAUUACAAAUCAACCACAAGCUACACCUGCAACACCUCAGGGUAAACCACAAGUGACCAGUUUAUCUGCUUUGCCUGCUGGUCUUCUGCAGCAACUCAUCAAAAACCAAGCAGUCAAGAUCCAGAAGAAUAUCAAAGGAGAGACACAAUUGGUAUUAGCUGCUCCUUUACAGAUAUCCAACGCAAAGAAACCUGAUUCUCAAAGUACCCAAGGGCCUUUAGUGAUCACACCAACAGUAGCUUCUUUAACUCCUGUGGUUUCUACGGUAUCACCACAAAAACCAUUUGUUGUUCAAACUCAGAAUGUAUUACAAAUGGCUUCAUUAGGGCAGGUCACCCUUGCAACAACCAUGCCUUGUCUAUCUGUUCAAAACCAAAUAACUCCACCUUCUUUGUCUCCUAAUAUGCCUCAAACUGUGAUUUCACUUACAUCUCCAUCAAAACCUGUAGGACCAAAAUAUGCCACAAAUGUUACUGUGAAGACAUUGCUGGAAAACAGAGCUGCUUUGAAAUCCGAUGCAACAGGACCUGGAACUGAAACAUCAACUAAUGUAAUUACCACAGUUCACUCAACGGCAUGUACAGUUUCAUCUGUGGAUCCAUUAGAAGCUGCCCCUCAAUCCAAUACAGAAAUCACAGGUGCAAGGAAAGUUAUUGCCAAAUUACUUCAAGUUCCUGUUGAACUACCAGAAUCCAUUACUUCAUCUCCAAGCUCCAUCAGUACCUCUCUACCAACUGUAAAUAUCAAAGUCCCACCUCCGGUAACCUUGCCCUUAAUUCAACCACGAAAAAACAUCACCAAAACAGUUCAAAUGAUCAAUGCACCAAUUCCAGUGACCACAAAAUCAAAAACACAUUUGGACUCAGCCGUUUUAAGUUCUAAUAUGACUACAUUGAAACCUUUUACAAAUUUAACAAGUGCUUCUACUGGUCAGGCAGGUGUUUUUACAAAACCAGGAACUGUUCUCCAGAACAAAACUCCUGAAACCAAUACCAUUCUUCUACAAGGACAAAACAAGGGGGUUGUACCACAGAAUCUAGCAGCGGGAUCCCCUAAUUUCAUUCAAGGCAUUUUAACACCACAAGGUUUACAAAUUCCUAGUAACCUGCUUUCAAAUUCUGGUGGAUCCUUCAUACUUCAGAUGCCUAAAUCAACCACAGCUACUGUUGGGUCAUCAUUGAAUGUAAACAAUGUUACACAGCCUGCCAACUUGCAGCGAUUUGCUAGUGUUCAAAUGGCAACCAGACCAACUACUACUACAACAGUUACGGCUGUAGGAAACCAAGUUGGUAUUCGUCAACCUGCAAGCUAUUUCAUCUUACAGCAACCUACCCAAGAAGGCCAGAAAGUACAAUUGCAAAAGGUCCAGAACCAACCAGUGUUAGGAACAGGACCAGCUGUCACAUUAAGCCAACCAGCAUUAACACCAGGUUCUACGGCAGUGCAGCUGAAGACUUUACAAGGACAACCGGUAGCCGUUUCAAAACCCACCAAUUUCAUUAUCUCCCAAAAUGUCAAUCAAGGGAACGCGGCGACCAUGCAAGCAUCUAAUUUAGUAAGACAACUUGCCGACCAACAAAAACUUCAAGUUCCUGUUGGACAAAAGGCUGUCGGUUUACAGGUUAUUGGGCAACCUGGAACAGCCCAAUUACCACAAAACUUUGUUGGACUACAAGGUAUCCUACCAUCCGGCCAGGUUGUCCAGCUUCAAACCAAGCCUGGAAAUGUAGCAGUUCAGCAAGGAUCCCAAGUAAAUGUACCAAAUGUUCAGACAGUGCAAUUGCAGGGAGCUCUUCUUAAAAGUCCAAACCAGCACGGAGUUCAGCAAAACUCUACCGUGACCUCAGUAGCUUCGCCAAUAAACAAGGCUACUGGUCAGUACUUACCACAGGGAAAGUCCCCAGCUCAAGCCAAUCCAGUAUUGAUGACACAAAAUACUCCAAAUCAUGUAGUUCGUCUACAAACAGUAAGCCAACAGAUUCUUCAACAGCUUCAGGUUUCCCCUGGACAAAGGCAGGUGAGACCAGUUAUUCAAACGCCCAAUGCAUCGUCUCAACUUCAAUUCCAUUUAAAUGUAGCGGGAAAUAAAGUUGGUUUGUCACCAGCUACCAGAUUUGUAACCAAACCACCAGCAGUAACAAGUUCAUCGCCUUCAUCGAGUAAGUUACCAGUUUCCAUACAUAUGCCAUUGAGCGUGACCAUUCCAAACAGCGGUGUCGGACAGUUGACACCUAGUCAAAGACACCAGAUCCAAACUAUUACCCAUCCCGCUUCGACUAACAUAAUAUCACCCCGUUUUGUAACGCCGGUAAAAGGUAUUACGGCAAAUCCGGGUAUGAUUCAAAACCCAGCCUCAUCCCAAACUGCAAGUGGAUCUAUCAACAAGUCAAUACCAGUAGUAUCCAAUUCCAAGACUUUUGUUUCUUUAAACACAGCGCCUGAAGUUUCGACAAGUGUGACCCAGUCCGCUGUUGAAUCAAUAAACACCAUAGUAUCAGCAACACCUACCAAAAUUGUGGAAAAUGACCCGAAACCACAUGUGAUAUGGCCAAGCGAGAAAACUGACCAUAAGCGGAUGAAUGUUGGUACCAAGAUUCUACAGCUGACGGAAUCUGAUUUGUCGCCUCAAGCGACUGAUGCUUCAAAAUCUAUCACAACCCAAGGAUUGGAUGUUACCAGUAUUGGUCCUUGCGAAAAAAUCAAUUUGGAAUCUCCUGAAAAGCAAAAGCUUCUUCUGUAUAACAUCGGUGGACAGUUGAUGACCGCACAAGGGAUACCCGUGACGGUGGACCAUGGUGUUUUGAAGAUAGUCCCUCAAGCUACAAUACAGAUUGGUAACCAGACCCUUACUGUACGUGCCCCAGGUCAAUCUAGCGACCCUAGCCAGAUACCAGUCACGAUGAGUGGAAAGACUACGUUUGCUUCAUUGUUGUCUCAACAGUCGGGCGCGAACACGGGUGAGCAGGCUGUACCCACUGGUGUAACACCGACUUCGACUACGCCAUCGACUGACGACCAACCUGUGUCAGCAAGCGUAUCAAAGGGUACUUUGGCGACAUUCCCAUACAGUUUCAGCUCCCAAGCAAUGAUCACGUCGCCUGCAAUUCCUUUAAGUACACAACUUCCGCCGUCGAUCUACCGGAUGAAUCAAGAAAUGAGCGCGAAAGAUGAGGGUGGAAAUUCAUCGAUAGCGUCUUCGUCGUUGCAUGACACAAAACCGAAACUAGAAAUCAAAUAUGAAUCUGCCGUAGACUAUCAGACAGAUGCUUCUCGUGGAGGAUCUGAUGUCAAUAUCUCAAAUGUGCACGUGUUGAAAAGCGUGGACAGUGGUGUUGCUUCAGACAUCAAAAAGACCCAACCCGUCAUAGAGCAAACUGUGGACAAUCAUUCUGGUGCUAUUAAUAUCACCGAGAAUCAAGUUUCUAACGGCACUGACAGUGUUGCAAAUAAGGUUGAACAAGGAACAUUGAACACUGUCCAGAGUCCCGAAAAAGAAGCUGCCAAGAACCUGUUAGCGUUGGCAAACCAAGCCCUUCUUUCUAUGCAGCCACGAUAA